AGAGAGCACACGCAAGAGAGAGAGAAUUAGGGGGAGGAGAGGACAGUACCAUUGCUGCAUCAGUGCCACAGCAGAGUGGAGCAGUAAAUGACUCGGUGUCCUCCCUAUUUUUCUACUCUAAACACUCAAUGGCUCAGCCUCACAAGAGGUUUGGAAUCAGAGACUGGAGCGCCUAGAGACAUAUCCGUCACAACUGGAUGCUCUACUAUCCUCCUAUCCUCUUACUCUCUUGUCUGUGGAUGCUGUGGGAUUUUGGAUAUUGAAUACGUCUUUCUUUGCAUCUCUCCUGCUAGGCACGGCUGCUGCUGCUGCUGCUACUUUUAGAGGUUUGCGACACUGUUUUGGUUGGAAUGUGUUUCUGGCUGCUGGCGACAGUUUUUGUCUGUGAAAUCUCUCUCUAUACUGUUUGUAUUUUCACAGAGGAGUUAUAGAUCUAGACUUUUUGAUGGCCUCCGGGACUCCUUGAACUCCACCUGCUGGUAUUGUACAGGGCUUGCACAGAAGUUGCCGUCCAGAGAUUGUGUUUGUGUGCAAGCUCAGCUUUUCUCACCUCUGCAGCUUAUUGGUAAGGAGAGAAGAAUAUAGGUGGAACCGACACAAGUAGUGAGACAGACUCUACUGCAGCCCCUGUGUACUGUACACACCAGAGCCUGCAUGUGCUAGGUUAGCCCACCAGAAGGCUGGCCAGUACCAACACAAGACUCAAGCACGUACACACACACACCCAGAGACACACACUCCUAAACAGCAACAUCCUCUGCUGUAAGAGGAUGACGUUUGCUGUAAUACUGCAUUGCACUCUGGGGCCAGAAAAGUGAAAGAAGAGACGACUAGAAGAGGAUCAGAAGAGAAGAGGAGGGGAAGAAAACUACCAUCUGGUAGCAGCUCACCUCCAUGGGGAAACGGAAGUAGAGGAGCACGUAUUGAUGAACUGACAGAAAGAGAUAACGACCAUUGUGAGAGAGCACAGCUAAACUGACGGUCUGUCUAAAGAGAGAGAUAAAGACCGUAGUGAGAUGAGAGCAGAACUGAACAUGAACUCUUCCUCGUCCGAUGUGAACCAAAGCAGCUCUCCUUUCUGCCUGCUGGGCCUGGGCUACUCCCAUACCCUCAACACUUGCGUGCUGGAGGCGGCCGUCAUUCUCUUCCUCACUAUCCUCAUCAUCAGCGGCAACCUGGUGGUGAUCGUCGUGUUCCACUGUGCUCCGCUGCUCCACCACCACACCACCAGCCACUUCAUCCAGACCAUGGCCUAUGCAGACCUCCUGGUGGGGGUGAGCUGCCUGGUGCCCUCCCUGUCCCUGCUCCACUACCUCAAGGGGUUGGAUGAGGAGCUCACCUGUCAGGUGUUCGGCUACCUGGUGUCCGUGCUGAAGAGCGUGUCCAUGGUGUCUCUUGCGUGUAUUAGUGUUGACCGCUACAUCGCCAUCACACAGCCAUUCUCCUACGCCACACUGGUCACACCAUGCCGCCUGCGCGUCUGCAUUGGCCUCAUCUGGCUCUACUCCGCCCUCAUUUUCCUGCCCUCCUUCUUUGGCUGGGGGAAGCCCGGCUACCAUGGGGACAUAUUUCGCUGGUGUGCGACCUCGUGGCAGACCGAUCCGGGCUUUAGCUCGUUCAUCGCGGCUAUGCUGUAUGUGCCGGCCGCCCUCACUGUGUGUUUCACCUAUGGGAAUAUCUUCCGUAUCUGCCGUCAGCACACCCGGGAGAUCACCCAGCGCCAUGCACGCUUUGGCCCCCAGGAGAGUGAAAGGGGCGAGCGUGGCGAAGGGUGCCCGGAUAAACGCUAUGCCAUGGUGCUGUUCCGAAUCACCAGUGUGUUCUACGUCCUCUGGAUGCCCUACAUCCUUUACUUCCUGCUGGAGAGCGCCGGACUCUACCGCCACCUAGUGGCCUCAUUCCUCACCACAUGGCUAGCCAUCAGCAACAGCUUCUGCAACUGCCUCAUCUAUAGUCUCUCCAACAGCGUGUUCCGGAAGGGCCUGGGCCGCCUGUUCAGGCAACUCUGCUCCCCGUGUCAGGGACUGGGCUGCUGCAUGGAGGGGAAGAAGGGUCCCGCUCUACCCAAGCCGCGCCCAGCCCCAGCCUGCCAUGUGUAACAAUCUCCUACAGACACUGUCUAGUUGGUUAGCUACCCAUUGGGCACAGACGUCAGUUCAACAUCUAUUCCAUAUGGGUUCAAAGUAAUUUCAUUGAAAUUACGUGGAAACAAUGUUGAUUCAACCAGUGUGUGCCCAGUGGGUACAGUAAGCUUAGGCCUUGGCUUUGGCUUCAGCCCCUGGUGAGUGCAGUGGAUUACUACUACAUUGCAUGUGACAGGUUGUAUUUCUACAGCAGUAGUACAUAGAGCUCCCUAUGGCCAGGUCAGAGGGGUGGUUUGCAGGCAAGAGCUGGGGGCGUCUUCUUCUGGAGUGUUCCCCCAAGCGGGGCUGCCUAUUUCUGGCUGGGUGGAUCACCACCACGUGCGGAGGAGAAGGUUUGUGGUUGUAUAUAUGGAUAUCAGAAUGGAGCUGAGGGAAAAAAAGGCACACAGUUCUCUGUGGGUUUUGAAGAGGAGCAACUCCAAUCUUACAGCUUUGGUGCCGGGUUUAGGUGUGCCUGUGAACCUAACAUCUUCCCAACGCAAAAAAAAGGACAAUAUCAGCACAACACGACUUGCACUGUGUAAAUCAAUGUAGUGCAAAAAGUUAUUUCAACAUUGAUUCAAGACUGUUUAAUCGUCUUUGUUCUUUCAGGGUAGACAUGAGUGAUGCAAAAAAGUAUUUUAGAAACAUAAAAGCACUUGAAAUAUACUGUUUUUCUUCUCUUAUAUUGCGACAAAUAGUUUACAUUUUGUAGCAGUCAGAUAAUCUGAUAAUGAUAUUGUGCACUACAGUAGGCUGUAGCAUACAGAGAGGAGUAGUGUGUGAAAAGGACUGGGAACAGUUCGUUUCCUAGAAAAAAAUACUUGAGGUUUAUUCAGUAGCUUGUGUGUAUUUUAUGAAACGGAUUCUUCUCUUUUGAAGUUGGGUGUUAGAAGUGAGAGCCAAGAAUGUUUAUGAAGUGUUGAGUUUCAUACAGGAAUGUUAAUGUAUGAAUUAGCCGAUUUUUGCAAGAUGGCAUUCUGGUUUAUCAUGGACAACCAAUUUAUUCUGAAUUCUCAGCAAGGAGACAAGUUGAUUUAUUUGAGUAUUUUAUUUUCUGUCCAUGUUUCCUGAGGUCGAACAUCGGUUGUUUGUUUACCCUUAAUGGCUGAUGCAUUCAGACUGGUCUUGAGGCUACAAAUGCACAAUUUACUCAUCAUAAUCUGACAGCAAUAACAGAAGUAAUAUUUUCUUAUAGAUUGGAUAUUAAGCAUGCUACCGAUCCAGAUGCACAACACAAUCAUUACCGUGUGUGUAGUCUUACUGUUGAGCUGUUCUCUCACUCUGUGCCCUUUGGCUCCUGUUAGCUGUACAGAUGAGCUGAGUGGCAGAGCAGCACAUGUACAGUAGGCUACCAGAGAGCCAGAUUGUCUUUCUAGAAGUCAGAGGGGUCAUUAACACAAUGUGUUUCUAAGGGUUUUAUACAAAGUAGGUUUAUAUGGAUCUACCGUGGGUCUCGAAGGCUUUUAUGGAAAAUAGACUUGUGAAUUGCUAAUAGGUUUUUAUGUGAACUAGGUUUAUGUGCAAAUAUAUGUAAAUAUAUGUUGGAUAGGAGACAAAGACCUUGGACAGUGUACACUUCACUGAAACAUCAAUACAAUAAAAGUUUCAGAGGUGAUUGUGCUGUAUGUGCAGGAGUCUUCUUAUAUGACAAACCUAUACGUACACAGGCAUAGACAAUCAGUCCCUCACACACACAGUAGAGCAAGUAAGGAGAAUAUGAGAUGGGCCUGCACUGCAGUACUCUGUAUUCUUAUUUCCAAGGACAGCAUGACGGCAUCUUUGUACUAUAGUGUGUAUACAGGUCUUGUAUACAACAUUUGUAUGUUAAAAAAAAAAAUCUGUUCAAGAAUAGUGCUUAACUGUGGUGUUAUGACUGUUGAUAUCCCAGGAUAAUAUAGAAUAAUCUUCUCUUUUUUUUACAAUAUUAUUUUUCAGAAAAUGUCUAUGCAUGAUGGUAUUUCAGCCAGUGAGAGGUGGGUGAGAUGAUCAAUACUCAUUUUAGGAGGAUGCCACUGAAAGCAGUUUUUUCAGCUAUAGCCUAUACAAUUUCCUUAACAUUAUAAGCAUUGAUGAUGGUGUGUAAAUAUCAUACUAUAUUUCGUUUAGGUCAUAUUCUAGUUUUCAGAAAUUCCACCUUUCUGGGAAAGACCUUAGUAGUUCAAGAGAACAGAUAUAUUUUUGUAUGGGUCUCUACAUCAGAAACCUUUUUAAAGAGUGUGAAUUUAUUCAGAUUGAGGAAUAUUUUGAGAGUUGUUUUUUUUCACACUGUUUUUCCUCCGAGGGGCUGCUUGUAAGUGCUUGUUUCCCUCACCAGUCCCCAUAUGCUGCUGUCUGUCUGUCUGUACAAUAGACGUUUCUGUCCCCUCCCAACUCUUCUCAAGACAAUGAAAACAUAUCAGCAGUGCUAUUACUAAAGGGCUUUCGUCCGUAUCUGACACAAGCCCGUUGGUCAACUGAAUUAUGUGCAUGUGAUAUUUGAUAUCUAUCGGUAUCUGAUUGAAGAGUAGUUGUCCUUUAUUUGGCCCACAUGACUGUUCUAGAAUGUGAGAGUGAAGUGCGUGUUCUGUUGCGCUCACAUGACUAUAAACGAGAGUCUUGGUUUUAUUUUGAGAUAACAUGAAAGCCCUUCAAUGGGAGAGUGUAGUACUCAAUGUACUUUAUCUUUGAUGUAGACAGUUUUUUUGGGGGGGGGGGGUCUGGUCACAGUGUAAUCUGAGAAGAGAAGCAUCACGUUUUGCACUUGUCCAAGACGUUACCAGCAUAUUGCAAGUCUCUUUGAAUUGCUGAAGAUACUGUACGUAUGAAAUCGCAAUGGUUAAUGUUGAGGAUAACCUUGUAUAUUGAUUUCCAAAUGACUCCUCCUAAAUUGUGCAUUAUGGUAUAUUGUAUGUCAUCCUCUCAUAUGUUGUUGAGCACAUUCCUUAAUGCACCACAAUCAGCACAUUAUAUAGUUCAAGGUCCCACUCACGUGGGCUCCUUUAGGCUUUGAUGUUGUAAAACAAAACAUGUUGUGUCAAAGAGCAUGUUUUUUCCUGUGGGAAAAUGGUUGCUGUUGUCAGAAUCGGACCAGAAUCAAAAGCUACAGCGGUGAUCUCAGGGGACGUGGUGUUUCACAGAGACCAGACCCGCAGUGCCAAAUCUGGACCAGUAUUUGGGAGGAGGGGUCGGGUGGGGGUUGAGGAUUGGGGGGGUUGUAAUGUAUUUAGAUUGGAACAGCGAGACUCUCCCUUGGCGUCGCUCCCCCCUCAGUCCAACAUUGACCAACACCACCAUCUCAACUGUAUUUCGCAUUCUGACAAGUGAUUUAUGAUGAUUCAUUCUGAGGAGUACAGAGGCAAGAUAACUUCAUGAAACAUACAAUGUUUCCUGGGGUUGUGUUUUUAAUGAACAUGUAACUGAACAACUAGUUCAUUAUACAUUCAUUGAAAAGAGACUUUCGCCUAGCUGCCACCAUUAGAACCACCACAACUGAUGUUAAAUUGCACAUUUUAACUAAAAUAUAAGGUGGGUAAAAUACUGGUUUCCCAAUGUGAAAAGCAAUCUCAGCUCUUCAACAAAUAUUCUGUACCUCACGUGUUGGGGACUGUACCUCCUGUGAUGAUAAGUACUGUAUGUAUUUGCUGACAAUUGCUGAUGACCACUCUGAUUCUGAUUGUAUCCUGCAACUGAUGAUUAAAUGUGAAGUUACCAACUGUACUGGAGUGUAUACAAUUUUUUUAGCAUUAGUCAAAUGCUUUUCUUAAAUCUACACCUUAUAACCCUCACAUUCAAAUCUUAAACUCAAAACCAGUUCCACUGCUUUUUUCCCCAUUCUUCCUCUCUAAUCAGUGACCGAUUUAUACAUGGGAAACCAGGUGGGUGCAAUUAAUUAUCACAUAGAUCAGAAAACCAGCGGUAGUCCAGACCACCAGGGUAGGAUUUGAAUACCCCUGCCCUAUAACAUCACUGGAUCAAGUUACCAAAUUUUCCUCCAUGGUCUUAGUCUCACUGUCACAAUAUCAGAUGGAUAAUACAUACUCCCUGACGAGUAUUUACUCCAAACAAUUCUUUGUUCAUUUUUGAUUAGGGGAGCAUUUCACUUUGAGUAAUGCUUUAAAGCUGCAAUUUGUAACUUUUUGGGCGACCUGACCAAAUGCACAUAGAAAUGUGUGUUAUAGAUCUGUAAUUCGCAUUGAAAGCAAGUCUAAGAUGCGGUACAUCUGUUCUAUGUGCACAAUUUCUAUGGUUCCCGUUCUUAAGUUGAGUUUUUCAGUCUUUUACAUUUGGUUUUGUACACCAGCUUCAAACAGCUGAAAAUACAAUAUUUAGGGUUAUGGAAACUAUAUUUCACAGCAGUUUAGAUGAUUCUCUACACUACACUUGCUUGUGCUGUCACAUAAACUGAAAUUAAGCAAACGAUUAGAAUUUUAGCAACCAGGAAAUGGCAGAUCGAUUUCUGCGUAGUGCAUCUUUAACCUUAGUGUGGGAAUUAUCUUGGCUUGGGUUCUAGUGGGGUUGUGUGGCGGUGUAGUACAGGAAGUGAGAUUGAGUCACUAAGUAUAGCUAUCCCUGGAACCAGAGUGAUGUGGAGGGGGAAAUGCUUUUUUCAUGCCGAUAGUUAUUCUUGGCUAUUGCCCGGAAAUUAAGCUGGUGCCAGAGCUGGAGCAAUCUAUAUUGAUCCUGACCUGACAUGGCAGGGCCUCUUCCCUCUCUUUAUCAGGCUCACCUGACCACACACACAGCUACCUGGAGCGUUUCUCUCUUACACGCACGCAGUGUGUCGCACUAAUCAUUUUGAGGUAACUAACUCAGCCUCUGAUAACCCAGGCCAGAAAUAGAAGGAACAUAAACAUUGAUGAUUAUCCAACCUGAUCCAUGCCUGAGCCACGGCCCAUUGAAGGGACGGGUUGUGGUCGGUGGGAACCUCCAAUAUGGAAAAUGUGAAUUCCUUCAGCUUCCUUCUGUAGUACAGGCAGUACUUUGUUUAUUACCCUUUCUUCCUGGCAUUCUUUUCUUGCUUUCUUUCUUGUUGGUUUUACCCUUUAUCUAAUCUAAAAGGGAACUGGGGUUCUGGCAGCUGAGAGAGGAGAGAGAGAGAACGAGAGACUAUUUGUACAUCAUUACAACACUGUAUAUAGAUAAUGACAUUUGAAAUGUCUUUAUUAUUUUUGGAACUUCUGUGACUAAUAUUUACUGUUCACUUUUUAUUGUUUAUUUAAAUUUUGUUUAUCCAUUUCACUUGCUUUGGAAAUGUAAACAUAUGUUUCCCAUGCCAAUAAAGCCCCUUGAAUUAGAGA